GAUCGGCUGGGAGCCGGGCUCAGGGCCAGGCGGAGCGGGGUCUUCGCAGCCGCCCGCAGCGCAGCCCGCGCCUCGCCGUGCGCGCCGACAUGUGUGCCGCCCGGAUGCCGCCGCUGGCCCUCGUCUUCCGAGGCACUUUCGUCCACUCCACCCGCACCGUCCCCAUGGAGGUGCUGCGGGAUCACCUCCUGGGCGUGAGCGACGGCGGCAGAAUAGUGUUUUUGGAAGAAGCAUCUCAGCAAGAUAAACUAGCCAAAGAAUGGGGCUUCAAAUCCUGUGACGUGAGAGAGCUCAGCCCCCAUGAGUUCUUCAUACCUGGGCUGGUCGAUACACACAUCCACGCCUCUCAGUACUGCUUUGCUGGGAGUAACGUAGACCUGCCGCUUCUGGAGUGGCUGAGGUGCUACACAUUUCCCACCGAGAAUAAAUUCCAGAACAUUGAGCUCGCUGAGGAAAUCUACACCAGAGUUGUUAGGAGAACAUUAAAGAAUGGAACGACCACAGCUUGCUACUUUGGAACAAUUCACACAGAUGCAUCGCUGCUCCUUGCAGAAAUUACAGAUAAAUUUGGGCAACGGGCAUUUGUUGGCAAAGUCUGCAUGGAUAUGAAUGACUGUGUUCCAGAAUAUAAGGAGACUACUGAGGACUCGCUCAGGGAAACAAAAAGAUUUGUGUCAGAAAUACUUGGAAAGAAGUACCCCAGAGUGAAGCCCAUAGUGACGCCACGAUUUUGCCUGUCCUGCUCUGAUACAUUGAUGGGCGAACUCGGCAGCUUUGCUAAGGCCCAGGAGCUGCAUGUCCAGAGCCACAUAAGUGAGACUCUGGCUGAAGUUGAAGCAGUGAAGAGCUUGUACCCCAGCUAUAAGAACUACACAGAUGUCUAUGACAAAAACAAUCUUCUGACGGAUAAGACAGUGAUGGCGCAUGGCUGCUACCUUUCUGCGGAAGAACUGGACAUAUUCCAUGAACGGGGAGCUUCCAUCGCGCAUUGCCCCAAUUCUAAUUUAUCGCUUAGCAGUGGCCUCCUAAAUGUAAUUGAAGUCCUGAAGCAUAAUGUGAAGAUAGGACUGGGGACAGAUGUGGCCGGCGGUUACUCCUAUUCCAUGCUUGACGCAAUCAGAAGAGCAGUGAUGGUUUCCAAUGUCCUUUUAAUUAAUAAGGUAAAUGAGAAAAGCCUCACCUUUGAAGAAGUCUUCAGACUAGCUACCCUUGGAGGAAGCCAAGUCCUGGGCCUGGAGAAUGAGAUUGGCAACUUUGAAGUGGGCAAGGAAUUCGAUGCCCUCCUGAUCAACCCCAAAGCAUCUGACUCUCCCAUUGACCUGUUUCACUGCGAUUUUGCUUUCAAUGCUUUUGAAGCUAUUAUCCAGAAGUUCUUCUAUCUAGGAGACGACCGAAAUAUUGAGGAGGUUUAUGUGGGUGGAAAGCAGGUGGUUCCAUUUUCUAGCUCAGUGUAAUACCCAUGGGCAUCUACAGGGUUCUCCUAGGAUGACCUGGUUCUGUAGGUCCUUUGGGCCCAGCCAGGGUCAGAAAGUCAAAAACAGUACCUCAUUCUGGGGAUGACGGUCUCUUUCUGUGUCUAGUUACUGUAUUCACUUGGUAAAUUGUUUGAAGGAAGUGUAUUUAUUCCCAGCUCCAGCCGGCAGGUUCGUAAUUUCAUGAAAAUCUUUUGAGCUAUUCAGAAUUACGUUAAGCUCAAGCAAAAGAGAAUGUUAUUACUAGCAGUGGCUUAUUAUGGGGAUGAAGUAAAAUCUUUUUACAUAUAUGGAAAUAUAGAAAGAAAAGAUAUUCCUAUCUGGUUAGUUAUUUUGAGGUAGUAAGUAUGAAAAUUAUGGAACUGAAAAUGGAUCCAUGGAUAUAUUUUUAUGAAGGAGUAAAAGACUGUGAACAAAUGUUGGAAAAUCAUUUCAGAUUGUGUUUAAAAGUUAUAUCCUAAGCACACUGAUUUAAAGAGAUAAUUUGCUGAAUUUUAAAAUGUGUUUCUAGAUUGACCUUGUGUUAGAAAUUUACAUUUAAUGGAAUUUACAUUUCAGAGAGCUGUAUCAUUGUGUUUUGCCUUCUUUCAAGGAUGAAUAUCAAAAAUUGAAAGCCACGUGCUUUUUAAAUAUAAUUCUGUGCUUCAAAAUAUUUGACAGAAGUUGAGUAUUAAAUCUUAAAGUCUCUUAGGAAUAUUAGUCACAUAACUACAUGGCAUAAAUUGUUAUAGUUUGUGUACUUUAAAAUCAUCUUAAUUUGUACCCAUGUGGUGUUAUAAUUCCUUCGUUUUAUUAUAAGAGAAGCAGAUUCCAAAAUCAUUGUUGUGUAGAUUUGCACCUUCAUAAAUUGGAGCAAGUCAUUGGGUGUCCAAAGCUGCUGAUGCUACAAGGAGAAGUUCUCUUUCAAUGGCCUGUUCUACCCAACCCUAUGCUGUAGCUGCUGGAAAUUUCAUCCUCAGAUAUUAAUAUGGUAGAGCUUUCAAUUGAAGGACAAGUUAUGUUAAAGAAAUAGUAUUAAACUCUAUAUGUUGAAAGUGCUAUGUUUUUUAAUUGUAUCCAAUUGUCUGUUUAAUUCCUUAAAAAUUUUCUGGAUAUUCAGAUUAUAGCAUAAUACAAGAUAUACAGCUAUUCCAGUUAAUGUUUAUAUUCUGGCCAUCUAGGAAUAUUAAACAAUUUGAUGUUAUGCUUCCUACUAAUAUUGUGUCAUUUCCCAUAAGGUAGAAUUAAAAUCACAUUGUGAUUCUAGGAUAAAUUCUCAGAAAGUAGUGGUGUCUUAUUUAAGUCUUGUGUUUCCUAAUUUAUGCCAAGCACUACAUCUAAACAAGGAAAGGAAAUAGGUUUCCUCAAUAUAGCACAACGUUUAUUCCUAGGACUUGAGUAUAACUUCUUGCUAUUACCUUAUAACAGAAAACUUAUAAAAUAUAGUUCAUCACAUAUUUGCACAACUAAGAACACAAUUCCUAUCCUAUAGGGUGAAUAUUACUUUCACAUAUUCAUUUUAAUCCAAUUGUAAUUUGCCCAGAUUUUUUUCAUGAUAGGACUCUUUCAGAUUGGAUUGUAUAAAUAUUGCAUUAGUGCAAUAUAAUUUUUUAAAAGAAAAUAGCAUAGUUUGUUUUGUGGGAUACUAAUAAUCCCGUAAACCUCAUUUCCAAUGUUCGUCUAUAUUUCCAGUGUUUGUAAUUCCUGAGCCACAUCAAAGCAGUUCCACCAGAUUUCUUUCCAUUUCUGUAUAGUUCUGGCAAAUGUUCUGUGCUCUGGGUGUCAUCCCCUGCCAAAGAAACUUGGUUACAAGUUGUCUAACCAAACAAACUGAGGAGCUUGGGUGAAAUGCUUAAGGGCCUGUGUUUGCAAACAGCUUCUCCUGGGCUUCCCAGGACCUUAUGCUUUCACCUUCCUUAAAAGGGAGCAUUUUGGUAAUGAGCACCAGUUUUUGUUUAGACUUGGGAUUCACAUACAGUAUUGUAAAUAAAAUAUAGUAUCAGAAGCGAGAAUAAUGGCCAUACACAAACAUUUUGUCAUACAUUCAGUUUAGCCCUGAUGUCCUAUUAAGAAAUGGAUAUCUUUUCUAGUAAAAAUGGAAUGUGCUGAAAUAGUUACAUGCACUUUGAUCUCUCUGCAUCCUUUGUAACUUAAAUAUUUUACUCCCCAAGUGCUGUGUUCCUGAAUGUUAAAUAUGCUUUUUUUCAGUACCCAUGGGCCUUAGACAAACGUGGGGCCAGAUGUUCUGCACUUUGAAAUAUUUCCUUUACCUAGUCUAGGAUAACUUUCUGGAUUGUGGAGAGGUGCUCUCCCAAGCCACUUCUGUUGGGCACUUUAAGUUUGAAUGGUUUGUUAUCUGACAUGAAAGAAUUAAAACUAUUAUCACCUCUCUAUAUCCUAUAUCAUUAUAUUUUCAAUGGAGUACAUUUUAAAAUGUAAAAGCAUAUUUUACCAUUUGCUAUCCAGUCACAAAAUAUAUUUGCAGCCAGAACAAAAAAGGAGGCUCAUCAAUUAACGUAAAGUUGACUUUCAAAAGAGAAGAAAACAUGGCAAAAGAUCAGGGUGUGAGACAAUAUCUUUGUCAUCAACCAAGAUAAAGGAGACAUUACUCCUUUAUUUCCCCAGCUGCUUCUCUAAUUGAAUUGUUCACAGGGUUCAGAAUCCAAGACAAUAUCUCAAAACAAGUUCCCUUUGAACUCCAUUGAAUUGCUUUUCUACUUCAGUGAGAAUUCUGCAAGUUUCAGGAAAGGAAAUGGUAAGAAACACGCUGCUUUGUGCUUCACUGAUUUUGAAGUGUGCCCUUGAAUAUCCUUGUUUGGGACUGUUGCCCAAGAUCUUAGAGAGGAAACAUAAUGGGGGUGAAAACUCACAUGCAUUUGACUUCUGAUUCCCCACCAGACUCUUCCUGUUUUUUUGGUUUUGUUUUGUAAUUCUUCCAGAUUUUAAGUUUUUCACCUCAGAACCAGACAGAUGGAAAACUUCAAAGGCAGGCUGGAAGUCACACUGUAUCAGUUCUAUCUUUCAGGAUACCUAGGAGAUAGCCAGAACUAGGGGCUUCUGAAGACCACUGGACAUCUUUUCAUUGUUCAUUUUUUAAGUUGGCUUUGCUGCUGAAAAUAUUUGUAGGUCUGAAGAGUGCUCUGAGUUAUUUAAGGUAGACUGAGAAGUGCAUCAUGACUUGAAAUAUUUACUUUGUAAAUAAUGAUGAUCAUUAGGAACUUUGAAGAUUUUUUUUCUUUAACAGUUAAAGAAGUUAUAUGAAAUUUUUGACUCCUAGGUAUCCACUAUUUUAGGUAUGACUUCAGACUUUAUGUCUCAUGUCUAGAAAGAUACAAAGGGAAUACACAAAUGAAAUUAAUAAAAA